UCGGGAUCCAAGCAUGCCACAACAGCGGCUAGGUAUCCGCCUAUCCUCCCCCAAAGUCACCACAGGCGCAGCAGCAGGCUUCCCCCGUCCGAGAGCGCGCGGAGACUCCACCGAGUGAUGCCACUGCUGCAGCAAGAAAGGCACCCAGCAACCGAGUAUAUUGCCGACGCCUGCCGGAGGAACCGACAACACAAUCUUGGACCUUGACAGAGGAGGGAGCCCCCAUCCCCCUCCCAUCCCCCCCAGCCCCCUCGACACUGUUCCCGUCCCGACUCCAGGAUGUCCGACAGCAACGCAAGUCCUGCUGACCGGGUGAUCAAAUCGGUCCCCUUCCCCCUGGCCCACCGGCUGACCAUGAAGGAGGUGUUUGAUGCAGAGGGUCGGCCGCGGGUGGACCUGCUCAAAGCUCACCUCACGAAGGAGGGCCGGCUGGAGGAGGCCGUGGCCCUGCGCAUCAUCGAUGAGGGCGCCGCCAUCCUGCGUCAGGAACGCACUAUGUUGGAUAUUGAGGCGCCAGUCACGGUGUGUGGAGAUAUUCACGGCCAAUUCUUCGACCUGAUGAAGUUAUUUGAGGUUGGAGGUUCUCCUGCUAACACGCGCUACCUCUUCCUAGGGGACUAUGUGGACAGGGGCUACUUCAGUAUUGAGUGUGUGUUGUACCUUUGGUCACUGAAAAUCCUGUACCCAAAGACGCUCUUUCUUCUACGGGGAAAUCAUGAAUGUAGACAUCUGACAGAAUAUUUCACCUUCAAACAAGAAUGUAAGAUCAAGUACUCAGAACAGGUUUACGACUCCUGCAUGGAGGCGUUUGAUUGCCUUCCCCUGGCAGCCCUGAUGAACCAGCAGUUCCUGUGUGUGCAUGGGGGGCUUUCACCAGAAAUUCACACGUUGGACGACAUCAAGAAGUUGGACCGGUUCAAGGAGCCCCCGGCGUUUGGGCCCAUGUGUGACCUGCUGUGGGCCGACCCCCUGGAAGACUUUGGCAAUGAAAAGACCCAGGAGUACUUUGGCCACAAUACAGUCAGAGGAUGCUCCUAUUUCUACAGUUACCCGGCAGUGUGCGAGUUCUUACAAACCAACAACCUGCUGUCAAUCAUCAGAGCGCAUGAAGCACAGGAUGCUGGAUACCGCAUGUACAGGAAGAGUCAGACUACAGGUUUCCCCUCCCUCAUCACCAUCUUCUCUGCUCCCAACUACCUGGAUGUCUACAACAACAAAGCGGCGGUGUUAAAGUAUGAGAACAAUGUGAUGAACAUCCGUCAGUUCAACUGCUCUCCUCACCCCUACUGGCUGCCCAACUUCAUGGACGUUUUCACGUGGUCGCUGCCUUUCGUGGGAGAAAAAGUGACGGAGAUGCUAGUCAAUGUUUUGAGUAUCUGCUCCGACGAUGAGCUCAUGAACGACGGAGACGAGAUCUACGAUGCCAGCGCAGCAGCAGCGAGGAAAGAGGUGAUCAAAAACAAGAUCCGCGCCAUUGGGAAGAUGGCCAAAAUGUUCUCUGUUUUACGGGAGGAAAGCGAGAACGUCUUGACCCUGAAAGGACUGACUCCUACAGGCAUGCUGCCCAGCGGAGUGCUGUCUGGGGGCAAGCAGACCCUGCAGAGCGCUACCAUUGAGGCCAUAGAAGCAAUCGAGACAGUUAAGGACCCCGAAGCCAUCCGAGGCUUUUCCCCGCAGCAUCGGAUCAGCAGUUUUGAGGAGGCCAAAGGUCUGGACCGGAUCAACGAAAGGAUGCCUCCCCGACGUGACGCCGUCAACAGCGUGGGCCUGUCGAUGGGCCGCAUGAACAUGGGAGAGCCCAAUGGGACCGACAGCAACAGUAAUAUACAGUGAUGGACAGAAUACUCCCACAUGCCCAAACCCAUACCUGCAAUUACAACAAUAUGGUACCAUACUUAUAGAUACGUGUACAUAGGCAUAUACAGUAUAUCACACAUAAACACAGAGUUUCAUACACCUCAAAGGCUGCACACGACAUAACACUCAUGCAUUCACAUACAAACACACACACACAUCAUUACCUACCCCAUUUCCCUUUGCCCUGAGCUGUUAUGUAAAGGCAUGAGCAUACCCGGACUUUACCACCAAAGGCUGAGUCUCUUACUAAACCGAUCGGCCCUACUCUUAAGAACUGCAACUCCCAUGUACCUGCACAACAACUGGAUAGAAACUCCUAAAACAACCCCUCCCCCCCCAUGCCGAACAAGAAGAGCUGCAGUUCAUCAUGAGCGUUGGGGGAUACCCAGUGGGUAGACGUGUCAGCAUGAUGUGCCUGUGUUGGUGGUUUGUGCUGUUUGGGGUCGUGUUGGACUGGGUGAAAUGUGGGGUGGCAAUCAGGCUCAAUGCAUUUAAGGUCAUUUCUUUUUUUUAAUAUUCUGUUUGUAUCCUAAAGUACAAACUUAGGUUGAUUUCAAAGAGUUGUGGAUAUACCUGCGUGUGGCGUACACACGCUUCAACACGUAAGUGUCUGUGCGGUUAUUAAUGAAAAAGUGCUUUUGUUUGCCAACGCAAGCAGCUCGCGCCAACACUGAGAAAGUUUUUGAUGGGGUGGCGCAUCCAGAGAUUUGGGGGGUGUAAUCUCAGCUGCAAUCUAAUCUGAGCCCUCGCUGUCCUUUUCUUCUGCAGAUGAGAUUCUUAUUUGCUUUUGUAGCACUACACCGCACCCAUUCUCCACUUGAAGUCAAGUGAUCCCCCACCUCCAAAACCUGGUUCCUGGCCAGUCAGCUCUCUGGAAAGGCUUGAGACUGGGUCUAGAUCACAUGUGAGGAGCCCCCCCCCCCCCCCCCCCCCCCCCCCCCCAUCCCCACCCGGCUGGUUGUGUGUGUAAAUAGGAUACAUAGAGAAGUUUAAUUGCACAUCUGAUGCAUUUGAUCACAGGAUGCAAGAUGCAAUAUAGCAGAAGUCGGAUGCUUUAUGUAUGUGAGGGAGUAAAAAUGUGAAGUUAUGCUCUUCAUUCUCUUUCUACAUCCUCCUCUUCCCGUGUUGCUGCCUGCCACCAAAACGCAGUGAAGGCUGGGAAUCGCUGGCCUGAAAAAAGCAGGAAAUGAUAUUUCACAGAGGAAACAGACUCUUCUGGUGAAAGCAGCAGCCAAGACAACAAGAAGAAGUCAGAUGGAAAAAAAAGGUCUUUGUAAAGCAUUUAUAUUAACGCAUCAGUGCAUGCAAAGUUAAGUUCUUUGAUAAUAAUGUGAAGAUUAUAUUUGUGCUCUGUGUUUCACUAUAGUAGGAAUUUUUUUCUUCUUUUUCUGGCUAAUAUAAAUCAACUGAGGUAUAAUGAAUCAUUGGUUUUGUACAUAAUGUUAAUUUUAAUUUAUUUUUUCUAUUCAUCUUUGUUGUUUUUUUCUUCUUUUCGACACAUUUACUUUCUUCUGUCUCAGCCCUCGUUUUUCGGUUUCUUUCGACGCUGUACAGAAUGACGGUACGCUUCUACUCAAAGUGUCGAGUCCACGUUCUCUCCUCUCUUCUUUGUCAAUGUACAGGAGUUGUUUUUAUUGAUAAAUAUAAAUAAUGUUAAACGAAUAUUGAACUAGCAUUGAUGAAUGACCAUACUAUAUACAAAGGCACAGGCAUUCAGGCAGCCCAAAGCAUGAUUGCAUGGUUAAAGUUUGCGCUGUUCAAAGCCAAAAGCAGCAGACACAUUUUAACAGAAGAGCCGGUGUGUUGCCGCCACAAUUUAAAGGAAAACGUGUACUCUCUCUGAUCAUAAUUCUUGAUGAUUCCUCUUGUUAUUUGAUAUUUAUGAUUCUAUGAUUAUUAUGAUUAUAUUUAUUAUGGACAUUAUUCUUAAUAUUUAAGCUCUCUUUCUGCUGAUUGCUCUUCAUGUUGCGUUGCUCCUCGGUUGAUCUUGUGCUUCUUUGGGAAAGGUGAACCCCCCUGGGAGACCCUGUGCCAUAGAAAUUGUGCCACGGCUCUUUCUUUCUUUCUUUCUUUCUUUCUUUCUUUCUUUCUUUCUUUCUUUCUUUCUUUCUUUCUUUCUUUCUCUUUCUUUCUCUCCCGCUCUCUCUCGCUCUCUCUCUCUCUCUCUCUCUCUCUCUCUCUUUCUGUAUUGACUCCCCAGUCACUAACACUGUAAGCAUGCCCCAUGGGACGAUCCACUUUUUUACUCUUGAAUAAAAUAUGCAUGAACCUUU